AUGACGCUUCUUACGCUACUUUAUGAAAAGCUAACUUUAUCCGGAGCAAAAACCGCGUUUGUCGUCAAUGGAGAGACCUUUGAAUUUGUGCCUGACGCGCUCGUUACUCAAUCGAAUGUUGGACAACCUGGAAAAUGGAUGCUACGGAUUGAUACAGAAAUGCCAGGGCAAUGCCCGGCUGGAAGGAGGAGACCGCCACUCUGUGAAAUGGAUUGCGUCGCGGGACGCUGGGGUGAAUCCUGCGGCCAACGAUGUCAUUGCGCUGGCGGUCUGCCAUGUGACGUGAUCAGUGGAAUUUGCGUGAACGGCGCAUGCGCCCCAGGUUAUGAAGGUCCCAAUUGCAAUCAAGAUAUCAAUGAAUGCGCUACCGGUAUCCUGAAAUGUCAGCCGAAUGCAAAUUGCAUCAACCAUGUUGGUAGCGCCGAGUGCAUCUGUGCCAAAGGUUUUGAGGGAAAUGGAACACAUUGUGAAGCGACUGGCCGAUGUCUUUCCUACCAUAAUCGCCCCUGCUCUCACGACGCGACUUGUGUGGAUGUCCAUGCAGUUCCGGUCUGCCAAUGUCGUCCCGGAUUCCAUGGGGAUGGUUUUGUAUGCGAUAAGCUGACCAAAGACGCCGAAAAGCCGGUGGUACGUAAGAUUCAAGUCUCGUCGUCAAGCGAGGAAUCCGAGGAGCGACCGUUUGUGAUGAAGGAAUGGGAACAAGCGACAGUUCCCACUCCAAUUAUCAAGCAAAUACCGGUGGAAUUGCCACCAGCAGUGGCAACAAUUGUGACUGGAAAGAAUGGAAAGAAAAAGCCGCUUCCGGCUUCUGCGGAAGAAGAUUUGAUUGAUCGUAAUCUGGUGCAAGUGCACGAGAAGUCCGAGGAUAUGGAAGGCGAUCCUUCUGUCUGGAUCUUCGUGGUGGCGCCGUGUGUUUUAGCCGGGGUGUGGAUAAUUCUAAUCGCAGCCCUGAUUGGGUUCUGCUACAAAGCACACAUAAUACAGAGGUUUUCGAGGCGGCCGACUCAGCGAGAUGCUUGGAGGCCGUGUAGUCAGCCAACUCGACGUACAUCCCAAACAAUCACCUACAACCAUCGGGCAUAUCAAGGAUACGUU